ACUUCCUCCGCCUUGGGCACACGGGCGAACGGGUUACGGGCUGCUGGAGAUAUGAGGACGAGAAGAGGGCUCUGCUACCCCGGGCUGCCGCAGUGGGAGGCCCAGUGGAGGGCGGUAGACGAGGGACAGGCCGGUAGGGCCAGGAAGAGGACGCGGAGGCUCCACCGAGUCGGAAGGCGAACCGCCGCUGAGUGGCCUGACUUGUUCGAUACCCUCCCGGAUGACCUCGUCGUCUCCAUCCUCUCCAAGCUGAGCGCCUCAGCCGCGUCUCCGUCGGAUCUCGCCAGCGUCCGGAUAACGUGUAAGAGGCUGAACGGGUUGGGAUCGAGUCCGCUGGUUCUCGCCACGGCGUCGGUGAAAUCGCUCGCGGUUGGAGCCAGGAACUGGACGGAAUCGGCGCACAGGUUCUUGAAGCAGUGCGCCGACGCCGGAAAUCUCGAAGCUUGCUACAUGCUGGGCAUGAUCCGGUUCUACUGCCUGGAGAGCCGAGGGAGCGGGGCGGCGCUGAUGGCGCGGGCGGCGAUGGGGUCCCACGCGGCGGCGCUGUACUCGCUGGCGGUUAUACAGUUCAACGGCAGCGGAGGGUCCAAGCGCGACAAGGACCUUGGCGCGGGGGUGGCGCUGUGCGCCCGCGCGGCCGUCCUCGGCCACGUCGACGCGCUUCGGGAGCUCGGCCACUGUCUCCAGGACGGAUACGGCGUCCGGCGCAACGUCGCGGAAGGCCGCCGCUUCCUCAUCCAGGCCAACGCCCGGGAGCUUGCUGCGGUCCUCAACCCCUCCUCCCCCGCCGCCGCCGCCGCCGCCUGGCAGCACCACCACCGCGACGGCCUGGCCUCCGGCUGCUCCCUGUUGAGCGACUUCGGCUGCAACGUACCAGCCCCGGAGGCGCACCCGGCCAACCGGUUCAUGGUGGAGUGGUUCACGUCGAGGGGCGGCGCCGGCGAGAGCGGGCCGGGAGAGGAGGGGCUCCGCUUCUGCUCCCACGGCGGGUGCGGAAGGGCGGAGACCAGGCGUCACGAGUUCCGUCGCUGCUCCGUGUGCGGCGUCGUCAACUACUGCUCGAGGGCGUGCCAGGCGCUGCACUGGAAGCUGGCGCACAAGGCGGAGUGCGCUCCCAUGGAGCGGUGGCUCGAUGCGGCGGGCGGCGUAGAGAUGAUGAAUUAAAUGGGGGAGAGAGAGAGUCGAGUUUUCCAUUUG